AUGUCAGCGACGCUUUCGAAAAUUGAGAAAAAGUUUAAACAAAAAUACGAUGAAUUUGUUUCUGGUGGAAAGCUUGAAGAAGGAUUGGAGAAUAUAGCUGAUUCAGUUGAGACAUUAGCUGAUCGAAUUUUCCCGUCCGAAAAGAAAAAGUCACCGCCAGUGCCUAUUUUCGUUGAAGUUGUAAUUAGUACGGGCACGGGAUUGUAUGUUUUCACUAAUUUUUAA